AUGGUAUACAAACACAGACACAAACUUUGCCGCAUUAAGCGUGGAAUUCCGGCUCUGCAUACAGCAUGCGGGUUAGCACAAACGGCACAAGAGGCUGCCAAGCUUCUUGGACAACAAUUUGGCCGUACCUUCCAGAGUGUUCAACCAUCCUACACCAUGCCUACGCAGCUCAUGCCGCCAUCAAACCUUAACUACAUAUCGUUCACAACCGCAGCUGUAUUGAAGCAGCUAAUGUCCCUGCGCGAAUACAGCUCUCCGGGUGCGGACGACAUUCUUCCGGAAGCAUUGAAAGUUGCCAACAUGAGCUUAGCUGAAUUGUUAGCAACACUCUUUCAGCAAUGUCUUAAUGAGAUGCACGUCCCCAAAAUGUGGAGACACGAGAUCAUCACUCCAAUCUGCAAAAGUGGAAGCCGUAUAGAACCAGUGAAUUAUCGCCCGAUUACACUUCUUCCGGUGAUCUCCAAGAUCAUGGAGUCCAUUGUAGCUGAGGCGCUCAUGGAGCACCUGAAGAAUAACAAAAUCCUCGUUCAGGUGCAGCACGGAUUUCACCAAAGCCGGUCCUGA